AUGGGAGAAACUGAACGAAUAGCUAAAAGAGAUUUGAUAAGUAAAAAUCGGAAACGACGUCACUUAGAAAAAGUAUACGAAUCACUGAUAAAGGAAACGAAUAUGGCAGAAGAGGAUUGCUUAGCCAGAUCCGUUACCAUUGCAAAAAAUUACUGCAAAAUCAUUGAUACGCCUCAAAAGCUUCCAGCUGAACGAUUACUUAUGGCCGAUAAUAAGAAGAGAAUGGAAAUAAUAAAGGAAACCUUAAAAGAACCUAUUAUAAAAUUUGCUCAAACAUUUCCAAUAUACGAAACGCUUGAUGAAACUACACUUCAACAACUUUUCGAUGGCAGCUUAUGGAUUAAGAUAAACGUUCUCUUAAUUAUUCAUCGAUAUGAUCCAUCAGAACAAUGUUUAUGCCUUCCUUCUGGAUGUGUGUUUAAAGAGGAUCAUAAAGAUUUCAUGAAUGACGAACAGUACGACAUUAUCUGCAGAUUUCUUCGUCUUGCGCAUGUUUUUAAUAAAAUUGAAUUGGAUAAUAUUCGCCUGGCUUUGCUAACUGCACUAUUCACAUUUUAUCCAUACGACAUAAAACCACCAAAAACAGAGAUUAGAAAGCUUUUUUCGCAAAUACGCAAGGAUAUCGAGUGUUUGCACGAACUCUACACUGAGGGACCAACUCUUACUGUACGCUCAGAAUUGUAUGGAGCGAUUGCCGAACUACAAAUCAACAUGCCAUAUUUCAAAAAAUUUUUCAAUGAGCCAAGUCAGUUUUAUUUUAUAGUUAAUUUACUAUUUGAUAUCUAA